AUGGCGGCGGCGCCACCCUGGGGGUCCGGGCGGGUCCGGCCCCUGCCCGCCCGCGGCUGGUACCUGUCCGCCCGCGAGCGGCGGGAGGAGGACGGCGAGGAGGAGGAGGAGGAGCGGGAGACCGCCCCGCUGCUGCCGCCGCCGCCGGGCAGCAGUUCUUCAAGUCAUGGUUCUUCCUUUGCUUUCUCAGUGUUUAACUUAAUGAAUGCAAUCAUGGGCAGUGGGAUACUUGGCUUAUCCUAUGCCAUGGCCAACACAGGGAUCAUGGGGUUUAGUAUCUUGCUGCUGAUUGUUGCCAGCCUUGCUUCUUACUCUGUGUUUCUCCUGCUCAGUAUGUGCACUCAGACUGCUGUCACUUCUUAUGAAGACCUUGGCCUUUUUGCAUUUGGAUCAACUGGAAGGGUCCUUGUUGCAACUACAAUAAUUAUCCAGAAUAUUGGAGCCAUGUCAUCUUAUCUGUUAAUUGUCAAGUCUGAACUUCCUGGGGCUGUUGCUGGGCUUUUGAGCGGAGCCGAGAGCGGGUCUUGGUACCUCGAUGGGAGGCUGCUGCUGCUGCUCACUUCAGUCUGCAUUGUUUUUCCUCUUGCCCUUCUUCCUAAAAUUGGCUUUCUUGGCUACACAAGUAGUUUAUCAUUUUUCUUUACGGUGUACUUUACUCUUGUGGUUGUGAUUAAAAAAUGGUCGAUUCCUUGUCCUCUACCUCUGAGUAGUGCCAUAGAGACUUUACAGGUUUCAAAUUCUACUGGGGAUUGUAAAGCAAAGCUCUUUCAUCUUUCAAAAGAGAGUGCUUAUGCAAUACCAACUAUGGCCUUCUCUUUUCUGUGCCAUACCUCAGUCUUGCCAAUCUAUUGUGAGCUCCAAAGUCCAUCCAAAAGGAGAAUGCAGAAUGUCACUGUCACAGGAAUUGGGCUGAGUUUCCUAAUUUACUUCAUAUCUGCUCUCUUUGGGUACCUGACAUUUUAUGACAAAGUGGACACUGAGCUGCUGCAGGGUUACUCCAGGUACCUGCCCCAUGAUACCCUCAUCAUGACAGUGAGAGCAGCCAUUCUGUUUGCUGUGCUCCUGACAGUGCCUCUGAUCCAUUUCCCAGCAAGGAAAGCUGUGCUGAUGGUAUUUUUCUCUCAUCUUUCUGGGUCAUGGAUUUGCCAUAUCCUUGUCACCUUAACACUGAAUGCAGUUGUUGUUCUGUUUGCAAUGUAUGUGCCAGACAUCAAAAAUGUAUUUGGAGUAGUUGGUUCAACCACAUCAUCAUGUUUGCUUUUUGUAUAUCCUGGACUAUUUUAUCUUAAACUUAACAGAGAGGACUUUAUAUCACCACAAAAACUUGGGGCAUGUGCCUUGGUUAUUUUUGGCAUUUGUGUUGGCCUUCUCAGUUUGGUUCUGAUAAUUUACAAUUGGGUUGAUCAGUAAUAACUAUUGACACUGUGCACUGAGCUCCAGGGGGACAGCAGGGAGCAGAGAGGUGCCAGCACUGCUGCAGUGAGUGCUGCACAUCCCAAAGGAGCACUGACCAAAGCUGCCAAGGAAGAAGCAAUGCUCCUUUCACCUCCUUUACUGAUGGUCCUGCUUGAAUCUUCAGUCAUCUUCAGUUACAAUUCACCUUUGCCAUUCUAAAAUAUGAGGUUUUGGUGAUGUAAUAAGGACAGGUAAAAAGGUCUUGAGAAUUUCUGCAAUGCAGAAAUGGUUUAGGGCACAUGGUGAACAAAAGACACACUUGAAGUAACUUGUCCUUUCAAAACAAGGUGAGCAGACAUUACAUCAUCUUUUUGUGCAUAAUGUCAUUUGUGCACACAGGAUAGUGCACAUUGUCCUAAUCCUUGAAAGAUUCCUGUUGCUUGACUAAUUUCCAAAAUUUCAGCCAGUUCACAUUAAGAACUUGUUGACUCCAAGUGUUUACCGUAAUUUAUCCUAAGGUGGAUCCAGAGACCAAUUGCCUUAGCUCAGUUUAAUGGGCAUGUCAUGAUAUUUGUUAAUUGUUUUUUAAAAUACAUUUUUUCUGUGUCAGCACACUUGAAUCAUCCUGAUUAAUUUUUAAAUUAAUUUUGCCCAUCAAGCACAAUAGCUUUUAGUAGCAUUUUAUUUUGGUGUUUUCAUUUUGCAGUUAAUAAUAGACAUUUUUCAAUUAAUAUCUACUUUUGAGUAGUACUCAAAGUACCUCAGUAUUCCUCCAAGUAAAAAACUCUUCUCUUUUUCUCUCUUAUUCCCAUUUUUACAAAUCUUUCAGGUUUGAACUAAAGUGUUUCUAUAUUUUAUGUUCUUUUGUGUGUCAGAGAAGAUUUGGUCUUAAAAGAUGACAAUCUGCCUCUGUUGAAAACAAAGGGAAGUUUUACUUUUAUGGAACCCUAAUUUUACCUCAGAUAUCUUUGAACUUCCAUGUAGUCUUUUAUAAUUCCUUAUUUUUUAGGCCCCUGAAUGUGAAUGCAUUUUUCAACACCAGCUGGGCUUUGCAAAUGAUGUACCCACAAGAAAAGUUUUCUUGGGUACCCACAAGAAAAGUUCCUCAUUUUAGUAGAUUGAAAGCAGUGGCUGAGACCAUGGAAGGUUUUUAGCAUUUCCUUCUCUCAGGUGGGAUCUGAUGGCACUAAAGUGGCCUUAUCUCCUCAGAGAUUUCAUGCCCUAAGGAAGCAAAGGCUGAUUGAUCCUGUCCUGUCUGAAGGGGAG